GAGCUCUGUUGGGAUUCCGUGCAGGAACAAGCUUGUGCGUUUGUGACCAAAUCUAUCUUCUAAAGAAGAAAAAAACUUGACCAUGGCUGAGAAGCAGAUUAGUUUGCCUGCCAAGCUCAUCAACGGUGGAAUUGCCGGAAUCAUUGGAGUGACUUGUGUUUUUCCAGUUGACCUGACCAAAACCCGCCUCCAAAACCAGAGAAAGGGCCAGCAAGUCUACAAAAGCAUAUGGGACUGUUUGGUAAAGACUGUGAGAUCAGAAGGUUAUUUUGGGAUGUAUAGAGGUGCUGCCGUGAACUUGACUCUUGUAACUCCGGAGAAGGCUAUUAAACUGGCUGCCAAUGACUUCUUUAGACACCACUUGUCGAAAGAUGGAAAAAAACUGACGUUGGUCAAAGAAAUGCUGGCAGGAUGUGGUGCUGGGACAUGCCAGGUUGUUAUCACUACCCCAAUGGAAAUGCUGAAGAUUCAGCUCCAGGAUGCUGGGAGACUAGGGAUACAGAGCAUUACACAUGGCACAAAAUAUUUAAACACCAUUCCUGUACUAACAAGAGCUUACAAUGUCGGACCGACUUUAACAACUCACAAGAUGUCUGCUUCACAAAUUGCCGCUGAGCUUUUCCGUAAUGAAGGUGUUAAAGGACUUUACAGAGGACUGGGUGCAACUUUACUGAGGGAUGUUCCAUUCUCCGUCAUCUACUUUCCAUUGUUUUCCAAACUAAAUAAACUGGGACAGUCCUCCGUGGAUGGCAAGGUUCCGUUCCAUCAUUCAUUCUUUGCGGGCUGUGUUGCUGGUUCCACUGCAGCUGUUGCUGUCAAUCCUUGUGAUGUAAUAAAGACGCGCCUUCAGUCUUUGCAUAAAGGAGCAAAUGAAGAGACGUACAGUGGAAUAAUAGAUUGUGCCAGGAAGAUUUGGGUGAAAGAAGGUCCAUCUGCAUUUCUGAAGGGAUCAGGGUGUCGUGCCUUGGUCAUUGCACCACUUUUUGGAAUAGUACAAGUUAUAUACUUCCUUGGUGUUGGAGAAACUGUUCUAGAGUUUGCACAGUUAAACAGUUUAACAACCCAAUAACUCAAGCAUUCCACGGAAU